AUGGGCGCCGAAUCAAAGAAAGCACCGCCGCUGCCUGCUCCGACCGAAACUGACACCACCACACCGAGCGAACUGGCAACCGACUUGUCCAAGCCCGGCGACGAGAAGUCUUCAUACUCCAUCCCCGAGGAUGGUACUCCAGUCACUAUCCGCACUCGCGGCCAUAAAGCCAGCAAAUCUCAAACUUCACUGCUGAUUGAAUAUUUUGAGGGCGGUAAAAGUGGUUCCAACGGUCAAGACCGCAAACCUAGCGUUCGGGUUCGCUUGACCCCGUCCAAGAAGAGCAAAGGCGAUCACAUCCAGGUAACCGAGACGAAGGGAACCCGCAAGGCUUCUCUCACACGGCGAAUCCCCCUCGAUCAAGCCAUCGCGUCUCGAGAAAUCGAGUUACACGACGGGGAGGAUGCAAACAGCAUGACUUCGUAUGCAUCGGCGACUGAAGAGUCGAAUGUCUCGAGAAAUCCAAUCGACAUUGAGAUAGAUCGCAGCCACAGGCGUAGGCGCCCCGCAAGUCCAUUAAUACCCGCUGCUGAGCCCUAUCAGCCUGGCAAUCCUUCUGAAAUUUCUGCUAUCCCGACGGACAGCUUUUUGGACGGCUCAGGUCCUGGAGGAGACCUCAAACGAUCAGUGAGUCCAUCUCGGGGUGAGGCGCUCAUUGGUGCUGCCGCCACGGGUGCACUCGCGGGAGUGGCCAUGGGCGAAAUAAGCAACAACAAAACUCGAACCAAGGAGCGGGUUAAAAUUGCAGAAAAAUCCAAAGACAAGUCUGAAAGGAAGCGGCACUCUAAAAGUAGGACCAGCAGCGUUGCUAGUGAUCACGCUGGUGAUGAGGUCCGUUCCCCACGCCGCCGUUCGAGUCGCGGUCAACAGGAAUCCAAUGUAAGUGCAGCAGAUUCCAGUGUGGUGUCAUCUCAUCUCGCUCCGAGCCACCGCUCCGUCGACACGCGUUCCGUCCGCUCGGGUGCCUCAAGAUCGUCAAUCAAUAACCCAAAAUUACUCGAAACUGUCGAGGACGCCAUCAGACGUUUAAUUCUACCUGAAUUGAGCGCACUGAAGCGGGAACAAAGCAAGCGCGAAAGCCGACGGGGGUCACUGACGUCCUCCGCAACCUCCGCCUCAAGGGAGGACCUCACAUCUGACCGCAGGCGGUCUUCGGGUGGACGGGGCGAGAGCUCACGAGAUGGCACGAAACAAAAAGAACGACGAAAUAGAGAGGCCCGUCAUGACUAUGAUGACGAUAUUUCACUACGCAGCCCCAGCCAUGACUCCAUUAACGCCGAAUAUCAAACCCAUGAGGGAGAGGUCACUACACCAAAGCGCAGCAACAACCUGCUCAAAGCUGCAGCUGCUGGCGCUGCUGGUGCUGCACUAGCCAAAGGCGUGGGCGCUGUCAUGGACGAUGUUGCUCAAUCACCGGAUAGGAAACAACGAGAGAGACGAAGAAGGAGGGCUGAACACACAAGAAGUCGUAGCGUAGGUCGGGAGCAAUUUGACGAGGACCUAGAUGAAGAGCACCUAGCACCUGCUCCGCCAAUGCCGCUCAUGAGUGAUAUCAACCCCUCUGAGCUCACUCGAACAUCCAUUCUGUCGGCUGAAUCAGAUCGACCACAUUCUGCCAGUGAGGAGCUUGUUGGUGCAGCCACCCGAGAUCUCGCACAUGACGAACAAGUGGCCUCCGGGGCAUCUACACCGACUGCUGCCAAGUCACCCAUGAACCACGAGCAGCAUGCCCUGGCUAUGCAUCACGCCAAUGUGUCCCAUGGCGAUUUGACGGCAUUGCCUCGUGGCAACAAGGACUACGUUGAAGAGUAUGAGACUGAUGAAUAUGGACGAAAAAUCCCGGCUGGCUCUUAUGAUGACUACGAACGCAGCAGAGAGGUACCCGACCCAGCUGACUAUCCCGAAGAUGAUUUCGAAGAUCGUUACUACAGCACUCAAGAUGUUCCUCCACCUCUUCGGUACGUUCCCUAUCAAGCUGGCGCCAGAGGACUCAGCCCCAUUCCCAGUGUCUCCGGGUACACCGAGGCUGGGAGUGAAGCACCCUUGCCACGCGAUUCCAUGGAGAUACCAUCUCCAGGCAAGUCUCCUGAGCGAACCCGUCAGCAUUUAUCAAUGCAAUCAGACGGUUCAAUACCUGGGAACGUGCGGAGCAGAGAGUUUGACCGUGUCUCUGCAGACGGGGCUGAGCAACUUGAUGAGGCUGGUAGUGGUCAAGCCGUACGAGGAGUUGGAGCCAACCCCAAUUUCGUCAAUUCACCUAUUGGUGUUGAGUCUGCUGUUGCGUCCCUGGUAGAUGGCUCAAUGUUGGAUCAAUCAGUUGUCACUGGAGCCUCCGGAUAUGACUACAAUGCUGCCAGAGACUCCAAUGUCUCAUACGACGAACAAUUCAAAGAUCAAAGCAGUCGCGGCGCCAGCAGCCCUGAGAGGAUGGACGUCGAUGACCACCGCGAACUGGAGGAGGAAGAACGGCAAACCACACCAGGGUCCAAAUCCGUAGCGCGUUCCCAGGAAUACUCAGAGUACGAGGUUGACGACUAUGGUAGGAAAGUGCCACGAACCAAGUAUCGGCACUCGCCCACGGCGUCCGAGGCCGCCAUCACCGCUGGCGCAGUUGGUGCAGCAGCGGCUGCGCUGAAGGCCGCAAAGGAAAGAAGCCAGGCGACAUCAUCAGGACAGUUUGUGGAUGACUUCCAACCCGCUGGCGUCGCCCGCAAUAGAUCGUUCAAGGAGAGAACUAUGCAUCACGGCUGGGAGCCGCGCAACACUCCAACUCACAGCGUCGACAGGUUGGACUUUGAGGACCAACCUAAAUUGGGUGCUAGCGGCCUCCCUGACAUGAAUGACCCAAUGCCAGAGAUUGGCUAUGUCGACGACGACCUACAGACAAACCCCUCACUAAUCGAGGAGCGUCUCGACGGUGGCGGCGAAGCUGCCCACAAGGACUGGUCUGGCAGAGCAACGCCAACCCAGCGAGACAUCACCGGCUAUGCUCAAGAAGCCGAGGGUAAGAACACAAGCGGUGGGCUUGGAAUUGCAGAAGCAAUCGGAGCUGCUGCGUUGGGAGCUGCUGCUGGGAUGGCAGCCACUCACAGCCAUGACGCGAGCCAAGAGCAGGACGAAUGGCAUCGCACAUCUGACGAGCGUAAACGCGACACCCUGGUUACAAAUCCGUACGAAGAUGCCAGUCCCAUUGUGAACCCUGAGCUCAACGACAAGCUGCUCAGCCGAGGACUUGAAGCCCCGUUCCAUACCGGCAGCCCUGGCUUCCCGCAGAAAUACGAUGAAGGAUACAUGUCCAAUGGGCCAAACCGCACUCCCGACGCCCAUGCCAAGGGUAAAGCCGUGGAUUUCAAUGCCCCCGUCACCGAUGAUGAUCCCUUCUACGCCCCAAAGACACACACACGCCACCUGAGUGGCAUGUCUCAGGGCAUGGCGUCGCCAUUUUACGAUGCCGCAACGGGAACUGGCAUGGAACGCAUCGAAAACAAGGACAUUGUGGCCUUGAUGCAACAUUUGAUGGUGCGCGACGCUCAGCGAAGUGCCCGCGAUACGGAAAUCGUUGCUUUGCUCAUGAAUGCCGCACUUGAAAUGCGCAACUCCUUCCGCGAGAUGAAAGAACUGGUACAAGAUACUGGCGAUGAUGUGAUUUUUGCCAAUGUGGAAAACACAGAGAAGCUACAGAAAGCCAUCAACGGACCCAGACCAUACCCAGGUGCCGCCUCUCGCUCACUGCAGAGCCCGUCACAAGCCGGCACGCUUGACGAGGCUGGCAUCAAGAAGAAGAAUCUGUGGAAACGGGCCCUACAGGGCUUAAGCGCUAAGGGGACUAAUGAUCUGACACGCAUCGAGGACAUGCUUAUGCAACUCCUCGGAGAAGUUGAUGUGCUCAAGACGCAAACUGCACCGCCGAUUUCCACUGGGGGACCCGGACAAUCCUACGAAAAUUUGCGAGCAGAGGAACAGUAUGAGCAAGACAAGGGCUACGAGCCAGAAGGCAAUUCCACACCUACCCAUGCCAGCCAAUCCGGAGCAGCAUCUACAUCACAUUCUCAUGGCCAGGUCGGUGGCAGCGUUGAGAGAAAGUUCUCGGAGCACAGAAUCAGCACAGUGCCUGAACAUGAAGAGGAAUAUCAAUACGACCAUCACAGCCCAAGCGCAGAAAGAUCAGGAAAUGACUAUCUCCAGACCCCAACUCGAGCGGAACACAUACAACGCGGCAGUUCAGUUCCUCUUGAUACUCCUCCACGACUCGCUGCCCCUGAAGAACCUCAGCCACUCAGCGCUGAGAACACCCCUCGAACUGACAAGGGCAAAAAGCACAAAUCAAGCAGCUCUAGUGGCUGGCUGCCAAAGAUAUCGCGAUGGUCGGGCACUACGGCUUCAAGCGUUGGCAAAGCAUUCCGCGGCAGUGGUGCUUCCAAGAAGGGACCCAAAUACGACGACUUUCAGCCUCCUUCGAGGUCCGGAUCCAGCCUGGCAUCAUACGACGACGACGAUCCUAACUACAGCCAUGACCCGUAUGGUGAAGACAAAUUGCACAGUGGCUUUUCGGACCCAAGCCUUGCAGGCAUCCGGGGUGAACGCAUUUCUCAAGGCCCGCCGCCAGCUUCUUACAACAUGACGCCUGAGGACCCCAAGUACAAGGCACACCGAAACUCGUUGAACUUGCAGCACCCGCAGCCACGACCUGGCCAAACAGAGCGAUUUCGCACGGCUCUCGAGUCCUCUGCUCAGGAGUACAACAACCCCAUGACACCAAGGUCGGCUGACUGGGCUGGCUCAGCAACAAGCCUCAACCGUUUACCGCCCAACACCAACAGAUACAGCAACAACUCGUCAGGCCCGGGCCAUGAGGCUGACUACUACUCCUCUCCCGGACAACAGCCCGGUCCGCCUCGUCCGCCCAAGGAACCAAUGGAGUCUCCUGUUUCACAGACUCCCCCCAAGUCUAGCCGACUAUCCAAAAUGCAAAAGGAGGGCAGCCCAGCUCCUCAGCAGAGUUCCGAGAGUGGAUAUGGCACAAUGACGGGAACAUAUCUCAGUCACUACUCUGGAAGUAGCCCAAAACUAGAGAACCGAAACCUAAAUGCCGCUCUGGGCGUUCCCAGCCGCCGACCUAGUGGCCCGCGAGCGAUGACACCAAAGAGCCCUGAGGAAGAAGCGGCGAGAGAGGAAAGACGGCGAAAGAGAGACACGUUUGGAACUGUAGCCAGUGAAGAUACGGACACUUUCUAA